AUCUGCUUUAUAGUUGAACCUUCACCUUAUCGAUAAGAAAGAAACAGUCUUGCAAACUAAAUCAUAACAAGACAAGUAUCAAAAUUAAAACAUAAACAAAUAUAAAAUUAAGUUUAUUAAUAUGAUGUCCGAAGAAAAAAUAAAUCCGAUGAUAGAAAAGCCGGAUGAAAUUAUUCCAAUUGUUUCUAAUAACAAAAUGCAAGAUGUAACAGAAGAUGCGGAAAAAAAAAAAUUAAGCACUGAAGGAAAUGGUGAUAAAUUAAACCGGCUCGUCAGUGUCAAUAGUAAUGGUAAUGCUAUUGCUAAUGACAACAUCAAUUGUUACUGUGGAAAAGAUCGAAAUUUGACCAUUGCUGAACUGUUAUGUGCUGGUUGCUCAAAAUGGUUUCACGAGUCUUGUAUCAGCUAUCAAUUAGGCAAAUUGGUUCCCUUCAUGAUGAACUACGUGUUUAUGUGUAAAAAUUGUUCAUCGAGUGGUAUCGAGAGUUUUAAAAAAAUUCAAGCCCAGUUUCCACAAAUGUGUGUAACAGCAAUAGCCAAUCUCUCACAGCUUGCUCAAAGAGAUCCUGAACAACGAAUGUUAUUCCACAAAGACAGAGAUAUAAUACCAUUCAUCGAAUGUAAUUGGGAAAGUAUGACAACAAUGCCGCGACGUGUAACUCAAUCAUGGCAUGGAACGAUUCAUAAAACGUUAUUGAAAGACAUAGGUACACUUUUUACAAUAGAUGAAAAUAAUACAGAUGGUCAAUUAUUCGGAUUAACAACACCAGAUUUAGUAUUAAUUAAGCCAAACUACGAGGCAAUGAUAAAAGGCGGACAGAUCAAGAUUACUGAGAUGGGUGUCCAGCAUAUUGCACCCGUAACACCUGGAAUACGUGGUCGUAAUGCCAAGCGUAAAUUACCUGGAGAAGGUAGCGGAGCUGGUCCGGGAAAAAAAGGUCGAGGGUCUGAUUUAUCUACUCCAAAGCUACCAGCCCACGGCUACCCACUGGAGCAUCCCUUUAAUAAGGACGGAUAUAGAUACAUCUUAGCCGAACCAGACCCCCACGCACCAUUUCGCCAAGAAUUCGAUGAAAGCAGUGAUUGGGCUGGAAAACCAAUUCCCGGCUGGCUAUAUCGAGCACUAAGUCCCAGUAUUGUCUUGUUGGCUCUUCAUGAUCGAGCACCACAAAUGAAAAUUUCAGAAGAUCGCUUAGCUACAACCGGGGACAAAGGUUACUGCAUGGUAAGGAGUACGCAUUCUGUCAGUCGUGGUACUUGGUAUUGGGAAGCAACUAUUGAAGAAAUGCCCGAAGGAUCAGCUACGAGGUUGGGUUGGGGACAAGAAUAUGCUAAUCUGCAAGCUCCUCUUGGCUAUGACAAAUUUGGUUAUUCUUGGAGAUCAAGAAAAGGUACAAGAUUUCAUGAAAGCCGUGGAAAACAUUACAGUUCAGGAUAUGGCGAAGGAGAUACUUUGGGUUUUUUAAUUGUUUUGCCAGAUACAUAUGACGCGUCUCAUAUACCUAAUCCUUACAAAGACAGACCCCUUGUAAAAUUCAAAAGUCACUUAUAUUAUGAAGAAAAAGACCAAGUUCCAGAAGCAUUAAAAGCCCUUAAGCCACUUCACGGAAGUAAAAUUGUUUUUUAUAAAAACGGUGAGUGUCAAGGCGACGCUUUUAUUGACAUGUAUAGAGGGGCUUAUUAUCCAACUUUGUCAAUACAUAAAAAUGCAACGGUAUCUGUGAACUUUGGGCCUAAUUUUAAGUGUGCACCUUCCAACGUUAAUUUCCGAGGGAUGUGUGAUAAAGCUGAAGAAACAAUGGUUGAACAGUCGAUGGCCGACAUGCUUUACUUGAAUGAAAAUGAUGGAAAAUUGAGACUAGAUACCUUCACAUUAUGACAUUAAUGAAUUUUUUAUUUCGGUUUUAUUUGUUUUUCUAUUAUUACUAGUGUAUAAGUACACCGAACAAGAAUGAUUAAAAAAUAGAUUUAUUCAUGUAAUGAGCUUGUAAUUCGUCGCUACUCAUUUUUCAUUACUUGAAAUAUGAAUAAAUGAUCAAGUUGAAAUUGAAA